AUGCUCGACCGUAAUCGAUCGCGAAGCGUGCUUCUGAACACGCUCGUCGAUGAUACAACAAAGCAUAACGAAUCGCACGCCUCGGACUUCUACUACGCCGUGCAGAUCAGCGUCUGCUUGCUGAAACCGAUCGGCGCCUGGCCGCUGACCGACGAUGAGACCUCGCGGUUCAAAAUCGCUCGGCACAAAAUGUCCAUGUUGAUCGCGACGUUCCUCAUGCUGUUCAGCAUUGUGCCGUGGAUGCUCAACACAUUUGUCACAGAGAAGAUGAGCGUCUAUCUGAUAAUACGCGUGUCAUGCUCGCUGCUCUUCUUAUUGAUGGUCUUCGCGAAAUACGUUCUGCUGCUGUGGCAUCAGGAUCAGCUCAAGAUCUGCAUCAGUCACGUGGCCGACGACUGGCGGAGCGUGUUACUCGCCGAGGAUCGCGAGGUCAUGCUGAAGAACGCCAGGAUGGGCCGCACGUUCGGUAUCGUUUCCAUGACCUUCAUGUUCAGCUGCGACAUACUAUAUCACACGCUGCCUUUAGUCACGCCGAAGAUGAUCAACGAGGACAACGUUACCAUAAGAGUGCACCCGUCGCCCUGCGAGCUUCUCGUGCUCGAUUCCAAGUCGAGUCCGGUGUACGAGAUCGUGUACUUGUUACAACUUCUGGGUGGUUAUACCACUGACAGCGUAUUUUGCGGCAUUUGCAGCUUAAUGGCCAACUUAGUUACGCACGUGAGCGGUCAGUGCAACGUAUUAACGUCAGUUUUUGAGGAAAUCGUGGACGGUGGCAAACGCAAUGCCGGUUCCAUCGAAGACCGGAUCACUACCGCCGUAACGCGACACUUGCGUUUAUUAAAAUUGGUUUCUGUCGUGAGCAAUCUGUUCAUCGAGAUAUGUCUUGUGGAAUUUGUAAACGCGUCGUGCAACAUAUGCUUACUCGGUUACUACGUCAUAAUCGACGUGUACAACAACGAAUCGUUCGUACAGAUCUUCAUGUACGCCUUCGGACUCGUGUCGGUUAUUUUCAACGUGUUCAUAUUCUGCUACAUCGGCGAUCUGCUGAAAGAGCGGUGUCAGGAAGUGGGAACCGCUUGCUACUCGAUCGAAUGGUAUCGCAUGCCGCCGAAAAUAGCGAUCAAACUGAUGAUGCCGAUCUUGAUGUCUCGAUAUCCCGUGGCGCUCACUGCCGGCAAACUAAUGACGAUGUCCAUACCUACGUUCUCUUUCGUGAGUAAUGUCGUUUAG